GGAACAUCGAGAAAAGUAUUAAUAUGACAUCGCUAGCACGAUAAUGACACUGAGGAGAAGACUUGAGGCUUUAAAUACAAGAUUUAAUGCAUUAGUACAAAAUCGAUUAAGAAAUGAAGACGAAGACAACAAUUUGUCAACACAACACAACACAAUUGACAGACUGAGAAUGUUCCAAAGCAACAUCCCCAAUGAAGUCUCAGCCACGACUAGGAGACGAGCUGCUAGGCAGAGCAUCAUUAGGAUUUCUUUCAUUGAAAAUAGUGGGGAGCAUCUAAUCACAACACAACGUACAACGGUUAAAAAACUAGUUGUACCAUUUUCAAUGGAUGAGAGAGCAUUUCACCAGAAAAUUAGGGAAGCUUUUCCAAUAAUAGGAGAGGGUGAAAUUGAAAUCUGCAGAGUUGACAGGAGGCGAAGGGUAAUACCUGUUGAGUUGAGUUCAGUUUGCCCUGCAGCUAUAAAAGCAUGCCCAGAGUUUGGCAGGUCAGCUGUAUAUGUGAGGCUUAAGAACACAUCCAGUUCGGCUGGCACACAACAUGAGAGCAGUAAUGAAGUGAACUGUCAAAGCAGUACUACUAACACAUCCAGUUCGGCUGGCACACAACAUGAGAGCAGUACUACAGAUCCAAUCUGUGGAACCGUAGAAAUUGCAGCUAAUCCAGGAACAAGUAGCAGGGAUCAUCAGUGGCACCAGUUUGAAUCCUUAGAACAAAGGCGAAGACCGAAAAUUGCUGAAAGGAGGGCACGUGUAUGUCAGAUUGUUGGGCCGGAGCAAGGCAUUGCAAUACAGUUUCAGUACCCUGAUGGCACCAGGAAAACAAGGAAAUUUAUUGAGUCUCAACCGAUUCAGGAUCUGUUUGCCUUUGCUGGUUCAGACGACAUGGCCAGUGAAGUAUUUCGUGUGCAGCUGUCCUGGUCAUCGAACACUAUACUUAGCACUGUUGAUGGUAACCUCUUAGAUCAUGAAAUUAGUAGGCCCUCAACCUUGUAUGUGCUUUGGAUGUCAGGUGUUCAAAUAGAGGGACUAAUUGCAUCCAGUGUUGAAUCUUCAACUGACCAACCGGCUGCUACUCCGGACUUAGGAAGCAUUCCGAGUCCCAUCCAUUCCAGUGAUCAGGAUGUUGGGUACUCCAACACAGUCGCAGGAAACACUUUUUUUUUUUUUUUACUUUUUUGUAAAAUGUAAGAU